AUGUCUUCGGCUUCCCCGGCGGCCGGGAAGCUCCCGAUCAAGCAGGAAAGCGCGCUGGAAAUGCUGGCGCAGGAAAGUUCGACGGCGCCUCCGCCUCGACUGGCUUUUGCAAGAGGGGACGAAGAAGAGGAGGAGGAGGAAGAAGAAGCGGCGGCGGCUGCAAGAAGCCGGGAUCGGGCCCUUUUGCAAGUCGAGCUGCUGGCCGCCGCUGCUCCCCCCCGGGCGGGCGCGCCGUCGGCGGCUUCCCCCGCGCCCUCCCCGUCGUCCGGAUCGUCCUCGUCGGCGUCGCCGCCGGGCCUGCUGGCUUUCUCCCCCGAGCACGUCGCCUGCGUGUGCGAGGCGCUGCAGCAGGGCGGCCACCUGGACCGGCUGGCGCGCUUCCUCUGGUCGCUGCCGCCCGGGGAGCUGCUGCGCGCCGACGAGAGCCUGCUGAAGGCGCGGGCGCUGGUGGCCUUCCACCGGGGCCUCUACGCCGAGCUCUACGGCAUCCUGGAGAGCCACAGCUUCGGCGCCGCCAGCCACCCGCUGCUGCAGGAGCUCUGGUACAAGGCCCGCUACAGCGAGGCCGAGCGCGCCCGGGGGCGACCCCUGGGCGCCGUCGACAAGUACCGCCUGCGCCGCAAGUUCCCCCUGCCGCGCACCAUCUGGGACGGCGAGGAGACCGUCUACUGCUUCAAGGAGAAGUCCCGCGCCGCCCUCAAGGAGCUCUACCGCCGCAACCGCUACCCCUCGCCCGCCGACAAGCGCCACCUGGCCAAGCUCACCGGCCUCUCCCUCACCCAGGUCAGCAACUGGUUCAAGAACCGGCGCCAGCGCGACCGCAACCCCGCCGAGCCCCAGGCCAAGAGCGAGUCGGACGGGAACCCCAGCACCGAAGACGAAUCCAGCAAGGGGCAAGAGGAUUUAUCCCCGCACUCCCUCGCCAACGCGUCUGACGGCGUCACCGGCUUAAGCCUCCCCAACCAGAUGGAGCAGGUGUACAUGCAGCAGCUCGGAAGCACCAAAAUCUCCUUAAGCUCUUCGGGAGUUUUGCUGAACGGGAACUUGGUGUCCACCAGCCCGUCCCCCGUUUUCCUGAACGGCACCUCUUUCAUCCAGGGUCCCAACGGGCUCAUUCUCAACGGACUCAACAUGGGGGCUUCGCCCACUGUGUCUUUAAACCAGCCCAAAGCAUCUCCAGGGGCUUUGAGCAAUGGGGUCCCCGUGGCCGACAUCUUGACGCCUUCUUCCGAAGACGUGAAAGACUUCAAGCUCCUCCAGACCCCCAUGUCCGGAUCCGUGGCUUCCUCCACCGCCACCACAACCUACAGCCCCAGUCCGGUGCCUGUCUUCCCGGGCUUGAUCCCGACCAUGGAAGUGAAGAAGGAAGAAAGCGAAGAAGCCGCUUCUCAAGAUGGUAGCUCCGUGGUGACGUUUACGGCCCCGUCCAGAUAAACCAGUUACGGCAUCGUCCAGAUUCCCAGUUCGGCAACCAGCGGCCAGUUGCUUAAUGGAGGGAGGUUCUCUUCUCUGCAGCUGCCCUCGGUUUCAGUGGCUUCUUCCCAAGGCAACAUUUCAAUAAGCCAGAGUUCAUCAGACGGGGGCACGUUCACCAGCGACUCCACAGCCGCACAACAAGGGAAAGUGUUUUUCAGCUCUCUCCCUCCCAGCGCCGUGGUGUACACCGUCCCCAACUCAAACCAGGCGAUCGGACCAGUCAAACAAGAAGGUCUCCAAACCGGCCUUGUGUUUUCCCAAGUCAUGCCCCUCGGCCAGAAUACCCAACUGCACGAAAACUUGCCUUCGGACAACCUGCCCAGUGGGGGCCUCUCUUCCGGAGCCUCCUCGUUAGUCAAUGUCACCCUCUCGCCCAGUUUUUCCCUAGCACCACCCGCUCUCUUAAACGCCGAAGAGCUCGGCUCCGGGGUGCCCGGGAGCCCACCCCUGCCGUCCCCCGUGACAAGUGGGGCAACCGUCGUUUCCGUCAGCAGUGCCAACUAUGCGACGCUUCAGAACUGCUCCCUCGUCGCCAGUCAUGACCUGAUGUCCAUUUCCACGACGCAGCCGGGUCUGGAAGGGGUCAGCCCCGCCCCUAGCAACCACCCCGGACACCUGUCGGUGCAAGUACACCCCGGCUUUGGCAGAGAGCAACGGCUCCUCCUGCAGUCGGUGCCCCACAUAAAGGACAGCUUCCUACCCGAGGCGGACAGCAAACCAGGCAGCAGCUUAAUGAUGUUGGAUUCGAAAACCAAAUAUGUUAUGAGCAAUAUGGUGGAUGCGAUCUGCGAAGAACUGGAAACGGACAAGAAGGAGCUUGCCAAACUCCAGACGGUACAGCUAGAUGAAGAUAUGCAAGACUUGUAAAUGUGUGUGGUUUGGGGUUUUUUUCC